AUGACAAUGGCGAGUCUAUUCUCUUUCACUAGUCCCGCCGUCAAACGUCUUCUCGGAUGGAAACAAGGCGAUGAAGAAGAGAAGUGGGCUGAAAAAGCUGUUGACGCGUUGGUCAAGAAAUUGAAAAAGCAGAAAGGAGCAUUUGAAGAUUUGGAACGAGCACUAAGUAGACCCGGUGAGCCGAGCAAUUGUGUCACGAUCCCCCGUUCACUUGAUGGUCGUCUGCAAGUGUCCCAUCGAAAGGGAUUACCACAUGUGAUUUAUUGCCGUGUUUGGAGAUGGCCAGACUUACAAUCCCAUCAUGAGCUGAAAGCGCUAGACAUCUGCAAGUUCCCAUUUAACAGUAAACAGAAUGAUGUCUGCAUCAACCCUUAUCACUACAAGAGGGUCGAAACACCAGUCCUUCCUCCAGUUUUGGUCCCUCGAUACAGCGAGUUUCCGCCCACCCACAAAUUCCUACCGGGCGGUGUGCCCUUUGGUCAGCCAGGCCCACCUGGUGUGCCACCAACAGGAGGAAUGGAUCAGUCAGCUGCAAUGCCUUUCAACAUGUCCCCUUUCCCUUCAGCAAGCAACCCUUCGAGUCCCAGUCAAACAGCAACUGCAACUACCGCCGGACCAACAAGUCCGUAUGAUUUAUCCGAUACGCCACAGUCUGCGUACAUGUCGGGAAACGAAGAGCACAAAACGAGCAUAGAACAGAUGUUGGAGGGAGGUCAAGGAGGCGUGAUCAACCACCACCCGAUGCACUCGGCAGCAGCUGCGGCAGCCGCAAACAGAGCCGGAGUCGGAAAUAUGCCCGUAGAAGUUACACCCGUGAACUACCAAGAGCCUCCCUGGUGGUGCUCGAUUGCCUAUUAUGAAUUGAAUUACAGAGUGGGAGAACCGUUUCAUGCCUCGAGGCCGAGCAUCGUGAUUGAUGGGUUUACUGAGCCUUCGAACCCCGAACGAUUUUGUCUCGGUUUGCUCUCGAAUGUGAACAGAAAUUCAACGAUAGAAAACACUAGAAGACACAUCGGAAAAGGAGUCCAUCUGUAUUAUGUGGGAGGCGAAGUGUUCGCCGAGUGUUUAAGCGACAGUAGCAUUUUCGUGCAGAGCAGAAACUGCAAUCACCACCAUAACUUCCACCCUUCCACCGUCUGCAAAAUACCGCCGGGAUGCAGUUUGAAAAUCUUCAACAAUCAAGAGUUCGCCCAACUGCUGUCAAAUUCAGUGAAUCACGGUUUUGAGGCAGUCUACGAACUCACUAAAAUGUGCACUAUCCGAAUGAGUUUCGUCAAGGGGUGGGGAGCUGAGUACCACCGACAAGACGUCACCAGCACCCCCUGCUGGAUCGAAAUCCACCUUCAUGGCCCCCUCCAAUGGCUGGACAAAGUCCUAACCCAGAUGGGAUCGCCCAGAAACCCUAUUUCAUCCGUCUCCUGAAACACAGACUCUUUGAAUAUUUCUCUCUUUUUUUUGCACGGGAAGUUGACUCUUUCUGCAUUCAUUUUUCUUCUCAUGAUGCCAUUUUUACUUCACUCUGAGUAGCUUUACAUUUUAAGGAGACAAUUUUGUAUCGUAAAAUAGAGUCGUACUACUUCUUUUUCUUAUUACUGAUCGAGAAUGGGUCGACACUCUUGUCAUUUACUGGGCUUUUAUGAUAAUGGUUAGGUUCCAUCUCCUCAGUGCUCCCUUCCUUUGUCAACAUACUUAUUGACUGCCUUCGUCCAUUUGGGACAAAUAUUCUAUCUUCUGAUUCUGUAACUUAUGAAGUUCAAUUUAUUGUAAUUACAUCUUGCUGGGCUAACAUUAUUUUUAAUUACAGUGAAAGGUUUCAAUGACUCAACGAGUUAAAGUGUUUUGAGCAAAUGCAAUUCUUCUGGUCAUUUUACGCAAAAUCAGCAAACAAUCAACUAAAGUGAUUUUUAUUUUAAUCAUUUAUCUUUCAUGUUCAUAUGAAUACCUUUUGAGAUUGUACCCCUUCGAUUUGUAUCCUGCUUCUGUUUUUGUAUUUUGACAAUUUGUAUUGUAAAAUGUACAAAAGUGCUGUUUUGAUGUAUUUUAGAAGGAGAGGAAAAGCAAACAUUUCAAGCAUUCUUAAACAUCUUGAGACUGUCAACUUUCAAAAAUUUUGGUUUAAAUGUGAAAAAAAGCGUUUUGUGUAGAUAUUUGUUUUUAUUUAUUUUUCAUUGGAUGUUUUUGAAAAUUACUUUAGCCUUAUUGGCACCAUUUAUUGGAAAAUUGUCAAAUUAAGGAAGGAAGUAAACAAUUAGAGCUCAGAUCCGCCAAAGAAAUAUCCGUUUUUACCUCUCCCCGCUAAAUUUGUUGCCUUAGGCCACUUUUAUGCACACGAAUGAAAUCAGAGGGAGUAAGAUAGAAGUGUAUUAAUAGUAGUAGUAAUAGUUGCCUCAAUUUGAAGGUGUAAUUUGGGUAAUUUGAACCUGGUGAUUACAAACUAUGAUAAUUCACUUUGUUCCUGUAGCCAAUAUUAAUCAUCGGGGCUUAGCACACAAUCCGUGGGGAGAGCAAAAGAAUGGCCCAGAAGUCGUGGCGCCUGCCUUUAUUAAUUUUAGUCGCCACGCCAGAGCAAACGUCGCAAAGUCCAUUCAACAGUCACAGUACCUUUUAUUGUCUCAAAAGAAUCAAAACAACAUGCAGCUGAUCAACGGAAAAAUCAUGUACUAUAUCAAUUUGCUAUUAAUACUACUCGAUAAAACUUUAUGUCAAAAUCGAUUACGUCAUAAAUGAUUCAAUUGAAAAUGUCACUAAUUAUACAAAAAGUGUCCUUCGCACCGAGAAAAACGAAAAACACUGUAGCGCAGAUGAACGCAUUGGGACCUACAUAAUCCAUAAAGAAGACUAUUUUGUUCAUAGAAACUAACGACAAAAGCUCAAAAUUGAUGCCUAAAAUCAAUUCUAAAAGUUUUUUUCCGGUCAGAAUUAAUGCAAACAAGCAAAAUGUUUUUGAAGUUCAUUCAACGCACUUGAUAAAGCUUUAUAGGAUAUCUUUUUAAAAAAUAGAAAUAAAAUUUUUAAAUCAGCUGUUUUUAAUUGGCUUUUCGAUAUGAAAUACUUUGCCUUUUGUUGCUACGUGAAAAGAGAAUUUUGUUGUAGAAAUUUCCCUUGUGCUGUGAAGUAGUAGCUUCGAACAGCAUUUACUUAGUUUAUCAUCAGCUUGAUUUGAACUAACAUUAGACAUAUGAGAUUAUUUUGUGCCUUUAAUAUUAUAUCCUCAUUUUUCAUGUAUCUAACUUGCAAUAAACAGUUUAAAUGCAAAAAAAUGCAGUGUUUUCCCAGUGCUUUUUGUUGACUGAUAAAAAUGAAAUAUAAAAUAGUAUUAAUGUUUUUCAA